AGGGGUCUCUUUAUAAAUUUCCCAGGGUCCAGGAGUCCUUUUAGAUUGCUGGUGCCAAGGAAGAAGUCCAAUUCUGAAACCUAACCCCCCCUGAGAUGGGAGCAGAACGUUUUCUCAUUUUCAUUUUUGUAGCAGGGGCUGUACAGGGUGCCAAGGAAUCUCUGGAAAUUAUUCCUAUAAAUGGGAACGUGGAAUUGAACACACAGACAUACUUUUUAUGCAAAGUGAGAGGAGGUGGAGAAGCCACUCUGACUUGGACUGAUCCAGGUGGAAAUGAAAUUGAAGAGGAUUCGGAACCUUACCGGGUGAAGGUGAUAGAUGAAUUGUCCAAGGGGCUGGAGAUGACCCUCACUCGCUCAGAUCAGGGUGGGAUGUUCAAGUGUGAAGGAGAAUUUGAUUCCGGAAAAACUGCUACUCAUCAAAUUGAAAUCCACGUGAUUCAGAGACCUACGUUUGGGAACACAAUGGAUCUUGUGAAGGAAGUUCAUGAGGGCCAAAAUGUAGAAUUCAACUGCUUGGUCAAAGGGAUACCACCACCAACUAUUAGAUGGAUUUUUGGAAACCAGGACAUCAGAAAUAUUAUGGAAAGGCAAAUCUUUGUUGAAAAUGGAACGCUGCUGAUACAGAACACCCAAAUUUCAGAUGCUGGUAUUUACAUUUGUCAGGCAACCAUUGAAGAGCGCAAUGAAGUAGCUUUUGCAAACUUCACACUCAAUGUUAAAUUUGCUCCUAUGAUAGAGCUCCUUACAAGGGUACCUUUGGUCACCCAAAAUGGGAAUCCCAUCCAAGUCAACUUCACCAUCCUCGCCAACCCCUCACCUUCUGUCUCUGUUGCUUGGAAGGAGAAGAUUUUUGAAGAGGAUACCAUCAAAAGGAUAGCACAGGACCAAAACAGUUAUUUGUUCCUCUUUGAGGUCAUACCAACACCACAGGAGGAUAUUUCAGAACUUUUCAUAACUGCUGCUAAUGAAGUAGGCAUCACUAAGGAGAGCGUCCCUUUUGAAAAAGAUGGAGGUUUGGGAUGGGCCAGCAUUUUGGCAAUUAUGUUGGCAAUUCUGGUGCUCCUGUUGCUGAUAGAUGCCUUGUGUUAUUACAAGCGCCGGUGUGGCUUGUUGAUGUUCUGCAAAAAGAAUAUUCUGUGCAAAAGGUCUACAACAGGCGCUGAGAACAAUGGGAAAAUCCUCUCAAAAUCAGGAAAAAGCCCUGUAGUGAACAUCUCUGGUUCAGAAGCCUGAUUGGACCAUAGCAGUGAGAUCAGAUGACAAAAUGUUUACUUUCUGCAGCAAUGUUUGGAUAAACUGGGCAUGGAAAAAGGAGUUUCUCCUCUUUAUUAUAUUCUCCUACUCUUAUUAUCACCUUUGAGGGAACUGUUGCUCUAAAAUUAGUGGCAGGUAACAUCAGUGGUGGGAUUCAAAUAGGUGAACAACUGGUUCUCUGUGUGGAUGCCGUUUCCGGAAGUCCAUUAUGGGCCUGGGCAACAAAAAACUAGCUACUGGUUGUGCCGAAGUGUUGCAAACUGGCUGAAUCCCACCACUGGGUAACAUCCAUGAUGGGCUGAAAUCCUGCACCCCCAAUUUGGAGUUGUCCUUUCUUCUGUAGAUAGGACCAAAAUACAUCAUUCCAUCAAUACAAUAUUAUGUCAAUAGAUUACAUCCAGAACAUUUUUGCUUUUCAGCUACAAUUUUUUUAAAAAAAGUUUACCUUGUGAUACUUUGUUACCCCACUAUGUAUUUAUUGGUGUAGCCAAGGUUGUGAUCACAUUUUUUGUGCAUAUGGUGCUAACUCUUUAUUGAUGCAGUCUUUUUUUUCCAAUUCAGAAUUUUUGAAUGACAUUGAAAUAAUCCACAUCAUCAUAACAGAGCAAAUGAAAUAGUUGUUAUUUCCAAUUAAACAUCACUAUGGGUUGAGUUGGUGCUUGUGAAAUAUCUGAAAAUGUACAUAUAUCCAUUUUGACAUAAGCAGGUUAGGGGUUGAUACCAAAGAAUCUCUCAAAAUAAGCGAAAGUUAAAACAUUUUGCUAAAAUAAUAUCAAACCAAGAAGAGAUUUGGGCAUUGGUAGUAGAAAAUACUAGAUUACCUGUGACCAUUGGGACAUAAUUUCAGAGAUAUUUCCUUACCUAAACAGAGAAACAGAAUGACCACAGUAAGCAAGACAGCCGUGUGAGUGGAAGCAACUUUCUAUUUCCUGCUGGCUUCCCCAUUGACUUUUCUUGUUGGAAGCUGCAAGAAAGCAUUGAAAAUGACAACCAUUGUGGCCAUGUAGUGGCAUGGUAGCAUAGCAACAUUGAAGUGGCCACAAUGCCAAAUUUCAAUCCUACAAGAGACAUGGAUCCUGGAUUUUGGAUGCAUUCUUUAAGUUAGCCCAUUUGAGGCACAUUAAUCCAAAAAUUGUUGCCUUAUGUUGCACCAUUUUACCCAAUCAAAGGUUACAGACAGAUAUGAGAGUUUUACUGGUAUAUAGAUUCACCACAAAAGCAUUCUCUGUAAGUUUAUCCCAACCAACUGUUCUCAAAUGGUCUGAGCCUCUAUGGAUUGCAUGAGACACACAAGGUUUCUGGUGAAGACUCUUUGUAUGCUGACUUCUGUGUGAGAAAGAAUGUUAUCAAUAUUGGAUGUUUCUUUAUGGGGAGGAUAAUAAGCCUCCAUUGUUCUUGUGACCUUCAUAAUAAGGAGAACAAUGUUGUGCUGUUCAUCACUGAGCUUCUUCUUAGGGUGUGGCCCAUAAUGACCCAAUUACAAUUCCUGUAAUUUAUUUGUCCAUUUAUUGAUUCUAUAUCUUUACAUCAAUUAAAAAAUGCUAUAUUUUGCACUAA